AAGAAGUCUAUCUUUUUUCAGCCUCAAAACUUUACAUCUGAGAGAUGGAGGAUUUUGUCUGAGAUUUUUAAAGGCAUUUGUAGCAUGGUACUCGGCGAUGGGCCCGACAAUGGCCUUUCUGUACUGUGCAACGGCCUUGACUCUGGUGAUAUAAAGGAAAACAAGAACAAAAAGUACAAAAAGCCGUUUAAAAUGCUAGAGCCAGUAUGUGAAGAUAUUCUAGAAGAAGAGAACAAGAAAGACGCUGUAAAACAAACAGCUAAACAGGAGAACAAGAAGGGAGGUGGCAAAGAAGGAGAAGGUGGAAAAAAGGGAGGUAAGGGUGGUAAAAAUAAAGAUAAAAUGGGAGAGGCUGUUAUAAAGCUGAAAGAGUACUGUCAGUGGAUAAUGAUGCACACGACAGUAGGGCUUCCCGUGGACUUUCCCGUAAAUUUGAGAGGCCUAUUCAUGAAAAUGGAAAGUGUCUGUAAAGGUUUUUACUAAUUCAAAGAACAGAAACAGAACAUCGUGUACAGACGAUUACUGAGGAUUUGACAGAAAAAGCAACAUUCAGAAAACUGUUUCUUGACUUUUGCUUGACAUGUCUGAGAAUAAAAUGUAAUCUAAAUACAGAUGCUAAAAUAAAAUGCAAUACAAAUAAAUAAAUAUGUUAA